CCUCCAGAAGAUAGGGACCAUACUGACUCACGUCGUAUUAAACCCAACUCGCGUAACCUUUUAAUCGGCGAACAGCCGAACCCUUCCAAGCUUCUUCCCCCGGAGGAUAGGUUGAGUCGACAUCGCAAUUACUCCUAUCUUUUCAGAAUAGGUGCCAAACAGCCGGGACAAUGUGUACUCUCACCAGCUAUCAGCCUGUUAUCCCUAGCGUAA